AUGAGUGCCCCAAUAAUCGCUCAGCCAGUUGUGGUAUCGCUGGCUGACUUGCAAAAUGGGAAUGUGCCUUUUGAGAGACUCGUCGAGGCUUUUGGGCCGGAUUCUCUUGGAAUCUUGGUUGUCAAGAAUGUCCCACCAGAGUUUCCCGAGCUGAGACGCCAAGCACUUUCAUAUGCCUCGUAUCUAGGAAACUUGCCGGAGAACGAGCUUGACAAGGUCGAGAAUCCUGCCGCCAAGUAUUUGACAGGCUGGUCGUUGGGAAAGGAACAACUCAAGGAUGGACAAGUAGAUACAUUCAAAGGCUCUUUCUACGCCAACUGCGCCUUCUAUACCGACCCAACAUUAGAUGCCGCAAAGCCAACGCCUGAUUUCUCAACCGAGAAUUUCCCGGAAUAUCUGUCGCCAAACAUCUGGCCCGAAGAAAAGGUCCUUCCAGGCUUCAAACGCAGCUUGGAGGAUCUAUGCAGGCUAUUGAUCGACACAGCUGUGCUUGUUGCACGAGCGUGCGAUCAAUACGCGGAACGGGAAAUCGAGGGAUACACAAAGGGCUACGUUGAGCACGUCGUCAGCACGAGCAACACCACCAAAGCCAGGUUGCUGCACUACUACCCGCAAUCCCAGGAGGGUUCAAGUGAAAACGAGGACGACUGGUGCGGCGUACACCUCGAUCACUCAGUUUUGACAGCCUUGACAUCUGCCAUGUUUGUCGAUGAGCACAAAACUUCAUCAGGUUCAGUGUCACGCGCGAAGGAUGCCACAGGGCUCUCUCCGCUCGAGGAAAUGGCAGGAAGCCCCGACCCCCUGGCUGGACUUUACAUCAAGUCUCGGACAGGGGACACUGUGCAGGUGAAGAUACCUAGGGAUUGCAUUGCUUUCCAGACGGGCGAGGCACUUGAACGGAUCACAAAAGGCAAGUUCAAGGCUGUGCCGCACUUUGUGAGAGGAGUUAGGCCUUCUAUGAGUAAUGGCCGGGUUGCAAGGAACACUCUGGCGGUGUUUACUCAGCCGAAUCUUGGCGAGGAGGUUGACUCAGAGCAGCAUAUCACAUUCGGAGAAUUUGCCAGGGGCGUUGUGAGCAAGAAUACCGUUGAGGCGUGA